AUGUCUAGCCAGCCACCGGUUUUGACCCCGGAAGCUCAGCGCCUGCAGGAAUCUUUUGUGUUCCAGUCUGGACUCAAAUUCGGAGGCCUGCACUGGGAGAAACAGAACAGGCAGCUCAAGGCCAAGGAGGUCUGGAUCUCCCAGGCCCUGGGUGCCAAGUACAUGGAGAAGACUCAGCUGAAUUUGGUAGACCAUGAGAAGUGCUUCCUCUGGUUCCUGAAGAAGUUGAGACAGAAUGACAUCAAGAGUGACAGUCAGCUUGCAGACAACCAAAGCCUAUUCCAAGGAGAGAGCCUGGAGCCAGAGAGAAUGGCCCCUGGCACCCAGAGACCCUCAUCCCAGGAGUUGGUGACAUUCCAGGAUGUGGUUGUGGAUUUCACCAGGGAGGAGUGGUGCCUCUUGGACCAUUGUCAGAAAGAGCUCUACAAGGAGGUCAUGCUGGAGAAUGUCCAGAACCUGCUUUCUGUAGUGCAGAUGUUGGGAAAGGAAGAGAAUGGAAUAAGCAUUCAUAAGGGAAUGAGCAGUCUUGCUGCACAUCAAAGAAUCGACCCUAAAGAAAAACCUUAUGGAUGUAAUCAGUGCGGAAAAGCUUUCACAGUACGAUCCAGUCUUGUAGCAUAUAAGAGAAUCCACACUGGAGAGAAACCUUAUGAAUGUAAUAAGUGUGGAAAGGCUUUCGUAGAGAGUUCCCGUCUUGCUGUACAUCAGAGAAUCCACACUGGAGAGAAACCUUAUGAAUGUAAUCAUUGUGGAAAGGCUUUCAUAGAGAGUUCCCGUCUUGCUGUACAUCAGAGAAUCCACACUGGAGAGAAACCUUAUGAAUGUAAUCAUUGUGGAAAGGCUUUCAUAGAGAGUUCCCGUCUUGCUGUACAUCAGAGAAUCCACACUGGAGAGAAACCUUAUGAAUGUAAUCAUUGUGGAAAGGCUUUCAAACAGAAAUCACAUCUUGCUGAACAUCACAGAAUCCACACUGGAGAGAAACCUUAUGGAUGUAAUCAGUGUGGAAAGACUUUCACAUUCAGUCGCAGUCUUGCUACACAUAGGAGAAUCCACACUGGAGAGAAACCUUAUGAAUGUAAUCAAUGUGGAAAGACUUUCAGAAGAAACUCUAAUCUUGUGGCCCAUCAGAGAAUCCACACUGGAGAGAAACCUUAUGAAUGUAACCAGUGUGGAAAGACUUUCACAUUCAGUUACAGUCUUGUUAUGCAUAGGAGACACCACACUGGAGAGAAACCUUAUGAAUGUAAUCAGUGUGGAAAGGCCUUCAUACAGAAAUCACAUCUUGAUGCACAUCAGGGAAUCCACACUGGAGAGAAACCUUAUGAAUGUAAUCAUUGUGGACAGACUUUCAGAAGGAGCACUAAUCUUGCUGCCCAUCAGAGAAUCCGUACUGGAACGAAACCUUUUUUUAAAUGUAACCAGUGUGGAAAGACUUUCACAUUCAGUUGCUGUCUUGCUAUGCACAAGAGAAUCCACACUGGAGAGAAACCUUAUGGAUGUAAUCAGUGUGGAAAAGCUUUCACAGUACAAUCCAGUCUUGUUAGGCAUAGGAGAAUCCACACUGGAGAGAAACCUUAUGAAUGUAAUCAGUGUGGAAAGGCUUUUACACAGAACUCACAACUUGCUAAACAUCAAGGAAUCCACACUGCAAAGAAACAUUAG